GACUUAACAGGCUAUCCUAUGGGAAUUGGGGAAGCUACAGGUACUUGGCUAAGGGGUCAGUCCAUAGGGAAGAGUUUGCUGUGCUCUGACUGGAGAGCUGGAAAGCAGGACAAGUCAGUGAAUGUGGAUGGUCUUGAGAAGGUCAUAAAGCACAUGCAAGCAACAGCUGAGCAGGUCCUAGGCAUGAAGGUGGUUGUGGAUAAAAUUGGCCCUGUACAGCUGGCAAAGGCAGUACAUUCAAACUAUAUGCAAAUGGCAGGUGAAUAUUGCAAGGCUAAGAAGAAUGAGGUUGAGGUGGUUGAAACAGUUCUGGGCCAUGCACAAAUGAAGUCCCAUGUUCAGUCUCAGGAAUCAGAGGAAUGCAAUUCAAAGUGGAAAGACAGUAAAUAUGAUACUGCAUUCAUUUUGAAUGUGAUGUCAGAUGAUGAUGAUGAUCCAAAUCAUGUACCUGGAGAGUCACUUGCAUACAUGGCAAUGGAACCAGAGUGGUGA